CCCGAGGCAAGCCAAUGGUGAGAGGCUCCUGAAGGAGGAGGGCGGUACUCUGUGAAAAGAUUGACCAAUGAACGUCACCAACGCCAGACACCGAGACAGCGCCGGGGCGGAGGAGCGAUGGAGAAUUUCACGGCGCUGUUCGGAGCUCAGGCUGACCCACCACCGCCCCCGACCGCACUUGGCUUCGGACCUGGAAAACCUCCACCCCCACCGCCUCCUCCUCCGGGCGGGGGGCCGGGCCCCGCCCCGCCCUCCACCGCGGCCACAGCCGCUCCCGGCUCCGACAAGUCAGCGGCCGGUUGUGGCCCCUUCUACCUAAUGCGGGAACUGCCGGGCAGCACAGAGCUGACUGGCAGCACUAAUCUGAUCACACACUACAACCUGGAACAUUCCUAUAAUAAAUUCUGUGGGAAGAAAGUGAAGGAGAAGCUAAGUAACUUCCUGCCUGACCUGCCAGGGAUGAUUGAUCUGCCUGGUUCCCAUGACAACAGCAGCCUCCGCUCCCUCAUUGAGAAGCCCCCUAUUCUUGGUGGCUCUUUUAAUCCUAUCACAGGGACCAUGCUGGCUGGUUUUCGCCUCCACACUGGCCCGUUGCCAGAACAGUGUCGUCUGAUGCAUAUUCAGCCUCCCAAGAAGAAGAAUAAGCACAAGCACAAACAGAGCCGUACCCAAGAUCCUGUCCCCCCAGAAACACCAUCUGAUUCAGAUCACAAGAAAAAGAAAAAGAAAAAAGAAGAGGAUCCUGAACGGAAAAGGAAGAAGAAAGAGAAGAAGAAAAAGAAGAACCGACACAGUCCAGACCACCCAGGUAUGGGCAGCUCUCAAGCCAGCAGCAGCAGCAGCCUCCGCUAACAGAACCAGUAUAUUCUGCCAGAAUGACUUUCCUGCUGACAAAAGCUGCCUUCCGGGCUCAUGGUCACUGCCCUGGGAGCACCCCCCCACCCUGCAGCUGGGACAGAAGCCAGCUCCUGCUGUGCUCAGUUAAGAUGAACACUUUGUAAGAGAGAAGGGCCAUGCUUUUUAAAGCCUCAGCCCAGUUUGCUUUCUCAUGGACAUUUUUUCCUCUCCUGGGAAGCUUUCUUUUCAUCUCUUUUGUGCCAUUUGUCUGAUUUAGGACUUUAUCUGAUUUGUUAGGAUUUUUAUUUUCUUAAAAUUGCAUUUCUCAAACUGGCUGAAGUGUGGCUGCCUGUUAAGAGGUAAGUGCCUUUCUUCGAGAGUCAGGGUUUAAGCCAAGGCAUGCUAAGAUCUGAGGGGAUUGGGGUCUUGUAUUCCAUUAUCUCAUCAGCAGGCAGGGAAACAACCAAAAUGAGAUUGGGGAACAUGGUCCAAAAGUGAAGCAGAGCUUGCUAAUACCUUUCCACAGCAGACACAUAAUUCUGCCCAUAAUGCUGAGAACCAAGUACCUGGAUGAUCUUUAGGCUCUGUCUGAAGGAACUGAUUUAGGGUUUCAGCCGAUUUAAUUAGGGUUCAGCUCUAUUCUAGGUCAAUUUUGUAUUAUCAACAAGGUUGCUUUUUAGUAAAGCCUAUGAUUGAAUCCGAGCCACAGCUGUAACCUACACAGCAGGAUUCUUAACCCAUUGUGCCAUAGUGGGAACUCCAGCCUAUGAUUUUUUUGAUCAUAUGAUCAUGGCAACACCAGAUCCUUAACCCACUAAGCGAGGCCAGGGAUUGAACCCGAGUCCUCACAGAUACUAGUCAGAUUUGUUUCUGCUGAGCCACAACGGGAACUCCCAGACUAUUUUUUGAAAUAAACCUCUGGCAAGCAGAGAUACAUGCUUCUAAGAACUUUUGACCUGUUUCAUUCCAUAAGACAGUGAAAUCAUUUGGCUGAUGUGAAAACAUUUCUAAGCUUCCAAGACACCAACAAAAAGGCAGCCUUAACUAGUAAAAUGUCAAAUAAAUCCCUUCAGUCUUUGCAGCAGGCCAGGUAACUGGAAAAAAACAUCCAUGAGAUAAUCCAAGCUAAUGUAGCCGGACUUGAAGUUCAUUUUGAAACAGAAUAGUUAAAAUCUGUUGCUACGGGCCAAGGUUCCUAGGUUGCCAGAUGGAAAACUACUCAUUCAGCUCAUUUUAACCUAGGAUUUCAGAGCAAGGACAGCGAGAGGGUUCUGGCCAGUUUUCUGAGAUUUCAUGUCUGAGGAUGCCUAUUUAAAAUAAGGUCACAGCCUUUUGCUUUCGACAAAGAAACAAUAUGAGAUGUCAGAUUAAGUGCCACCAUAUACCCCUCUGGUCUGUCUGCCUUUAAAAGGCUUUCAUACUGUGAUGAUCCACUGGCUCGCCUUUGGCUACAUCCAAAAUGAGCUCUCUUUUCCAGAGACAAAAUUCUGUAUUAAAGAACUGUGGCAAAAAUCAAGAGCUCUCUAAGUUUUGAAGUAAGAAGUUUUGGUGGUUAAAGACUUUUUUUUCUGAAAUCUUUAAUUAAAUCACUGAAUUAAAACAGGA